GAAGAGGUGCCUCCCCCAACCCCCACCCCCAAACUGGGCAGCAAACGUUAACUGCUGGCUAGCUGCAGUCAGCGACGGGGACAAGGAGCCGAGAAGAGCGAGGGUCGGUGAGAGGGCGCUCUUUCACCCACCCUUGCUAAAAUCUGUGGAGCAUCAGCCGGAAAGCCAGGCUUGAUAAAGGUUUGCCUCGGAGCGUGUGAACAUUCCUCUGCUCGGCUCUCAGCUCGCCUCCAACCUGCGCCGCCCGGCCAGCAUGCCUCCCAGCCCGUGAAGCCGGGCCGCCGCUGCCCCUCCGCGCCGCUGUUCAUCCGCCCGCGCUGCCACCUGGCCCUGCUGAUCGACGACACACGCACUUGAAACUUGUUCUCAGGGUGUGUGGAAUCAACUUUCCGGAAGCAACCAGCCCACCAGAGGAGGACCCGAGAGCGAGAGGAUACCAUGCUGCGGAGACUAGUCCAGCAGUGGAGCGUCGCAGUGUUCCUGCUGAGCUACUCGGUGCCCUCCUGCGGGCGCUCGGUGGAGGGGCUCGGCCGCCGGCUCAAAAGAGCCGUGUCUGAACAUCAGCUCCUCCAUGACAAGGGCAAGUCCAUCCAAGACUUAAGGCGAAGAUUCUUUCUUCACCAUCUGAUCGCAGAAAUCCACACAGCUGAAAUCAGAGCUACCUCGGAGGUUUCCCCGAACUCCAAGCCCUCUCCCAACACUAAGAACCACCCGGUCCGAUUCGGGUCCGACGAUGAGGGCAGAUACCUGACUCAGGAAACCAACAAGGUGGAAACAUACAAAGAGCAGCCCCUCAAGACGCCUGGGAAGAAAAAGAAAGCCAAGCCUGGGAAACGCAAAGAACAGGAGAAGAAAAAACGGCGAACCCGAUCUGCCUGGUUAGACUCGGGAGUGGCUGGGAGUGGGCUGCGAGGGGACCACCUGUCUGACAUCUCCACAACGUCGCUGGAGCUCAGUUCACGGAGGCAUUGAAAUUUUCAGCAGAGACCUUCCGAGGACCUAUUGCAGGAUUCUGUAAUAGUGAACAUAUGGAAAGUAUUAGAAAUAUUUAUUGUCUGUAAAUACUGUAAAUGCAUUGGAAUAAAACUGUCUCCCCGAUUGCUCUAUGAAACUGCACAUUGGUCAUUGUGAAUAUAUUUUUUUCCCAAGGCUAAUCCAAUUAUUAUUAUCACAUUUACCAUAAUUUAUUUUGUCAACUGAUGUAUUUAUUUUGUAAAUGUAUCUUGGUGCUGCUGAAUUUCUAUAUUUUUUGUAACAUAAUGCACUUUAGAUAUACAUAUCAAGUAUGUUGAUAAAUGACACAAUAAAGUGUCUCUAUUUUGUGGUUGAUUUUAAUGGAUGCCUAAAUAUAAUUAUCCAAACCGAUUUUCCUCUGUGCAUGUAAAAAUAGCCGUAUUUUAAAUUUGUAAAGAAUAUCUAAUAAAAUAUAAUCUAACUACAUUGU